UAUUCCUUCAACGUUAGAUGUUUUUCUUUUCCUCAUAAAACUAUAUAAUAUUUCAUUCUUGACGGGCUAAACUCCAUAUACACAAGUCUCUGUCAUCAUCGCCGUCUUCUUCUUUCUUUCAUCGUUUUGUACCUUUUUCCAGCUAACCCUAGGCUCUUUGGGGCACCAUCUUCUCGUCCAAGAACAUGGCUUCCCCUAACGAGAACGACGAGUUCCCUAUUCUUGUUCCAAUUCCAGAAGCAAGAUCUCGUGCUAACACCAGGGCUUUCAACUCAAGGAACCGUAGCGUUUCCUUCUCUAAUUCAACCUACUCCACUAACAGAGUUGACAACUCAAUCGUUCCUUUAGGCUACACAGGCCCUCUUCGAACACAGAGAAGACCACCUCCCUCACUGCAAAUGAGCGGUCCUCUUUACUCUACUCGUAGACCUGAUCACUCUUUCUUCCCUCCCUCUCCUGCUCAACCUCUUGACUCCUCCCUCUCCUCCUCCUCUACCGUUGAUGUUCCUUCUGAAGAAGAUGAAUUCGUCUUGAAAAACGCAAAUCUAUUGAAAUCUGGACAGCUAGGGAUGUGUAAUGAUCCUUACUGUACCACUUGUCCUUCUUACUACAACCGCCAAGCUGCUCAGUUUCACACUUACAGAGUAAUUUCUGACUCUAGGUUCCACAGUGCACUUUAUGAUGAUGCUAGAGGUUGGGCUAAGCGAUUUGCUUCCUCUGUUCGUAGAUGCGUACCUAGAAUCAUGAAUCCUCAUUCCAAAUUUGUCCAAAUGUGGACUCGUUUCUUAGCCUUUUCAUGCUUGUUGGCUAUCUUUAUAGAUCCUGCCUUUGUUUUCCUCUUAUUAAUCCGACAUGACAACAAAUGCAUAGAGAUUGAUUGGCUUAGGACAAAAGUAUUUGUGUCUCUGAGAAGUAUGUCGGAUCUUAUAUUCUUCAUCAACAUUCUGCUUCAGUUUCGGUUGGCUUAUGUAGCUCCUGAGUCUAGAAUAGUUGGUGCUGGCCAGUUAGUUGAUCAUCCAAGAAAAAUUGCUCGCAAUUACUUGCGAGGAAAGUUUUUUCUUGACAUGUUGAUAGUGUUACCUAUGCCACAGAUAAUGAUAUUGUCGAUGCUACCAGAACACUUAGGCACACCCAGGUCAAAAUUCGAGAGGAAUAGUAUACGUGCCGUAUUUCUAUUCCAGUACAUUCCAAAGCUAUAUAGGCUUCUUCCACUUAUUGCUGGACAAACACCGACAGGGUUCAUCUUUGAGUCGGCUUGGGCUAAUUUUAUUAUUAAUCUUCUCACCUUCAUUCUUGCUGGACAUGUUGUUGGUUCUUGCUGGUAUCUUGCAGGGCUUCAGAGAGUUAAGAGAUGCUUGUUACAUGCUGGAAAUUAUACGGUGGAACGUAGGAAUCUUAUAGACUGUGCUCGUGGGGAUAUCUAUGCACCGGAGCCACUACGAGCUCUAUGGAGAGACAGUGACAGUGUCAAUGCUUGUUUUCAAGACGGUGGUUUCUCGUAUGGGAUCUAUAUGAAGGCAGUUAAUCUUACUACUCAACAUGAUAUCUUCACAAGAUUCAGUUACUCUCUGUUUUGGGGAUUCCAGCAAAUAAGCACACUUGCUGGAAACCAAAUGCCAAGUUACUCAGUAGGGGAGGUUUACUUUACAAUGGGUAUCAUUGGUCUAGGGCUUUUGCUUUUUGCUCGGCUUAUCGGUAACAUGCACAACUUCCUUCAAGCUCUUGAUAGAAGGAGGAUGGAAAUGAUGUUGAGACGCCGUGACGUGGAGCAGUGGAUGAGCCAUAGACUGUUGCCAGAGGAUAUAAGAAAGAGAGUGCGAGAGGCUGAGCGGUUCAAUUGGGCUGCUACUAGAGGAGUAAACGAGGAACUCCUUUUUGAGAAUAUGCCUGAUGAUCUUCAAAGAGAUAUAAAACGCCAUCUCUUCAAGUUUCUCAAGAAGGUGAGAAUAUUUUCGUUAAUGGAUGAAUCAAUCUUAGAUGCCAUCCGUGAGAGGCUGAAACAAAGGACGUACAUAAGGAGUAGCACGGUGUUGCAUCGCAAAGGUCUAGUUGAAAAAAUGGUAUUCAUUGUGAGAGGUGAGAUGGAGAGCAUUGGAGAAGACGGUUCUGUUCUGCCAUUGUCAGAGGGAGACGUUUGUGGUGAAGAACUUCUCACUUGGUGCCUCGAACGCUCUUCUGUAAACCCUGAUGGGACAAGGAUAAAGAUGCCGACAAAGGGAUUGGUUAGCAACAGAAAUGUUAGGUGUGUGACAAAUGUGGAGGCGUUUUCGCUGAGUGUAGCAGAUCUUGAAGACGUAACAAGCUUGUUCUCAAGAUUCCUAAGAAGCCAUAAGGUGCAAGGAGCCAUAAGGUAUGAGUCUCCUUAUUGGAGGCUACGAGCAGCAAUGCAGAUUCAAGUGGCUUGGAGAUACCGAAAGAAACGACUUGAGAGGUUAUUGUUACAGGAUAACAGAGUGAUGAAAGAGAUGAGUGAUGUGCCUAAAGGUUAUCGGUUAGGUUGGUCAGGUGUUGUCGAAGGAAGUGGGAAACAACUUACACGUGGAAGCAGCUAAGUGGAGGAUAAUACUUUAUAGUGGACCGUUUUUAUUGUGUGCAAUGUCGAUGGUGUUCCAGUAACGAGAUUUCCACUAGAAAAAACGGUAACAUAGACCAGCAUCAAUAUAGUGUUUAUCAGCAUUGAA